GGCAUGCAAACAAACCAAGGCAGCCCCACCCGUAUCCGAAUUCAAAAUUCGGCGUCACCGAAGGUUUCGAGCGGUCGAACCAGAAGCCCCCAACUCCGAAUUCCGUAAUCGCCCAACCCCAAGCAACCUCCGACCCCGGUCUCCUCCCCCGAAUCAACCAGACAAUCAGACGCGCCCGCCCCCACCCCGUUCCCCAGCCUUCCAGAGCCCCCCGGGCCCGCCGCCGCGGGGGAUGCCGCCGGCGGUAGCGCCCGAUCCGCCGCGCCAAAACCCUAGCGGGCCCGUGGGCGCCGCUGCCCGCAUGGCCAACCCGCGCCCAGGGCUCGGCCUCGCGCCGCCGGGCGCCGAUCCCUCCUCCGCCGCGGCGCCGCCGCCUUCCCGACGCGCGCCGCGCCUGGCCAAGAGGCGCCACGCGCCCGCCUCCUCCCGCUCUCGCGCGCCGCAGGCCACCGCCGGGACGUGGAGCCCGUUCGGUGGCGGCGGUACGGAUGGUCCGAGGCAGGAUGGAAACGGCGGGAUAGGGAGUGGGGGCGGAGGGGCCGGGAGCUUUGUGUUCGGUGCUGCUCCGGCGGUGGGCCAGCAGCUUCCGGAGCCAGCCGUGGCGGCGGUGUCACCCAGUGAAGCGCCCUUCGUGUUCGGGAGCGUGAGGGAGAGCCUGCCUCGGUUCGAGGAGGGAUGGUCAGCUUCGUCGAAGCUGCCCGAUAAGAUGGGGAAGCUGAACCUGCGUACUCGGGGCGAAGUUGGUGCUGGUUUCCGUCAGGGGGCGGAUAAAAAAGAUGGGGGUUCUGUAUUCGGUGUUGGUAUACCUGGUUUGGUUCCGAAUAUUGAAGUGAAUGGGCUCCCGGAGAAGUUGACGCAGUUGAAUUUAGGCGGUGGAGCGCCCUUGCGGAGUGAGAAGAGUGAGAGUGCUAAUGGCGUGCCGGAGACCUUUGUGUUUGGAGGUAAUGGACCUGGGAGUUUUGCUGAUGGUAGGAAUACUGCUGCUAUUGGUGCACAUCCAUUUGCUUCCAGCUCAGUUCAAGGUACCGAUGCAAAAUCUAUGCCAGAGAAGUUGACACUGUUCAAUAUUGGUAAUCAAGCACCUUCCAGGGGGAAGGGGAGUGAACAUACGAAUGGUGCGCCAACGGUUUUCAUGUUUGGAAGUUCCGCAGCAUCUGGUCACGCGGAUAGUACAAAGAAUGUUGCCUCUGGUGCUAAUGCCAGUUCAUCUAGUGCUGCUAACUGUUUGGAUGAUGCGAGUGUGCUCCCGGAGAAGAUAGCACGGCUGAAUAUAGGAAGCGACAUGCCCUUGGGUAACAUGAAAAAUGUUUGUACUAGUCAUCAACCUCAAGUGUUUAUCUUUGGGAGUGGAGGAGCUACAGGUGCUGCUUUUGGUAAUGCAACAAGCAGCACUUCCGAUAGGAGCUGUGAUUUUUUCUCUGCAAAUAGCCACGCUUCUAGUUCGAGCAAUGAUUUUCUCUCUACUGCAAAUAGCAACGCUUCUAGUUCAGCCGACGGCACUGAAAAUUUGCCUCCAGAGAAGACAUCAGAUUUUAAUGUAGGAGGUGGACUCAUGUCGCCGAGCAUGAAAAGUGCUAGUGCUAGUGGUCCACCAGAGGCAUUUCUAUUUGGAAGAAAUAGAACCUGGAGCUCUGUUUUGCAGUCUGCAAGCAAAGCCAUGGAUGAUGGUGGUAAUUUUGUCAAUGAUUCUGGUACAAACACUUGCACUUCAGCUCAUGGUACGGUGGAGAGGACACUUCCAGAGAAGAUGACAAAGUUAAAUAUAGGAUCUGGAAUCACAUCUGAGAGCAGGCUAGAUGAAACUGCUACUCGACCACCAGAAGUAUUUGUAUUUGGCAGUAACGUAUCUAGCUUUUCUUCUGCCCAGACUGCAAGUGUGUCGUCCACAAGUUUUCAAACUAAUGCAUCCUCUCAACCAAAGGACCAGGGAAGGAACUCUACUAACAAGAAUAUUAGAAAUUCCUCAAAUUCUGAAGCAAAUAGUGAUAAAAGAUAUGGGUCAAGUAACUUUGUUUUUGGUAGAGGCAGCAAUGUGACCGCUCGUUUUGAAGGAGCUGCAGAAUAUGCACUACAUGAUGAAAUCAAGAAAUUAAACAUCAGCAGGGAAGGGACUUCACUCAGAAGUACUAAUUUGAGCGAUUCUUCGACUCAUAAAUUUUCUUUUCAAUGCAAAGCAGAUGCUACUUCAGGAUAUGGUGCUGUUCCCAAACCCAAAGUUCAAGAGCCAUGCCCAUUUACAAAUCUGAAUCAUUCGUCUAGUUUCUCUACUUUUGAGAAUGCAGUGCCUGCUUUCAGUUUUGGAACCAUGGAUGCAGAAAGAGAAACUGGCCCUGAUACAGUCAAACAGGAGUUACCUGGGUGUUCCAGAGAGACCUUAUUUGGUCUAGACAAUAUAAAGUCAGCAUACAGGGACAAAAAAGAAGCACAUAAAAGCACAAGGAAAAAGAAAAGACCAACUAGGCUAAAACAACAUUCUCAACUCCAUCAGGCUGUUUCUCAAGAAACAUGCAUUAAUGGAGAAGCAUCAGAUUUAGCAGGUGACUAUUCACCAAUGGAUUGUUCUCCUUAUCCAGCAGCAGCUGAACAGGGGUCGACAGAGGCAUAUGUGGCUUCAGAUCAGUCUAUUCACAUAUGUGAUAGUAGUAUCUCAAAUCGAAACUCCAGUUGUGCUGAAGAUGAUCUAAUUUCCACAACUGAGCACUUUGUAAUCGAUACAGACCUUCCAACCUUCAGAGAUGAAGGUAGAGUUCCGAAUGUAGAUGCAUCUGAGAGCAAUUUUGUUAGUAGCUUUUCUAGUUUUGAAGAAAAUUUUAGCAAUUCAUCACAACAUUCUUUCACUAAUGUGAAUAUUGACACAAAUGAUGAAUUCAAAAUGGGCACAACAGAAGCUUGUGCUGAUGGUUAUGGGUACAAUGUUAGUGGGCAAGCUUGUGAUGAGAAUACCUACAGAACACAACAUGAGUUUGGUGAAGCUGUUGCUUUUCAAUCAAGCUCAUCACAUUUUAGUGGGCUAAACUUUAGCUUUGGUGCGUCAUCGUCUCCUCGAAGCUUGUUAUCAGCACAAAGACGUAAAACGAGAAGGAAGUUGAGAACAAAGGGUGGUUCGACAUCUAAGUCUUCACCUACCUGUGCUUCUGUCCAGCUAAAAUCUUCACAAGAUGUAAAGGUCAUGCAGUGUUUCCCUGAAACAAGUAAAAAUGAAGACCCAGUUAAGGAGCAACCAACAAGAGAUGCUUCUACUUCUGCAGCCCUGGAGACUUGUGAGACCUGGCGUACUAGUGGAAACAAAGCCUAUGCAAAUGGCCACUUUGCUACUGCAGAGGAUUAUUAUACCCGUGGAAUAAAUUCUAUUUCCCAUCAUGGCACUUCUGGACACUGUUCCCAUGCGUUGAUGUUGUGUUAUAGCAACCGUGCAGCUACAAGAAUGUCGCUUGGCAGGAUGUGGGAAGCCCUUCAGGAUUGUUUGAUUGCUACAUUUAUUGAUCCCAGCUUUCUUAAGGCUAAAGUUAGAACUGCAAAUUGCCAGCUUGCAUUAGGCGAUCUUGAUGGUGCAUCAAGGAGUUACACGUCCUGUUUGGAGUCCAGUAACACUUCUGGUUCUGACCUGAAAAUAUUUGCUGAGGCUUCUGAUGGUUUGGACAGAGUCAAGAGAGUGGCAGAUUGGAUAUCCCAGUCCAAGGAACUUCUUAAGAAAAGAACAUCUCCUGAAGCAGCAACAGCUUUAGAAUUGAUUUCCAAUGCAUUGCACAUAAGUCCGCAGUCUGAUAGCCUAAUGGAGAUGAAAGCAGAGGCACUGCUGAUGCUACGAAGAUACGAAGAAGUGAUUCAACUGUGUCAGGAGUCUGUAAAUCUGACUGAAAGAAAUUCGGUUUUACUCAAUGCUAAUGGAGAAUUGAGGAAUUCCAGUGUCUCUGAAAAGAGACAAUGCUCUGGAAGGUACUGGCGGUCCUAUCUCAUUUGCAAGUCUUAUUUCCUUUCAGGCAAACUUGAAGAGGCUCUUGACUUGCUAAAGAAGCAUGAGCAAGUCAAUCCUGUCAAACAAAGUGAUGAGAGCACAUAUCAAGAACGUUUCUCAUCGUUGUCAACAACUAUAAGACAACUACUUUCCCUUAAGGCUGCUGGGAAUGAAUCAUUUCAAGCUGGUAGAUAUUCAGAAGCUGUGGAACAGUAUUCAUCGGCUUUGUCAUGCAAUAGCGAAUCACGCUCCUUUUCAGCUGUCUGUUUUUGCAAUCGUGCAGCUGCAUAUCAAGCACUUGGUCAAGUUACUGAUGCGAUCGCAGAUUGUUCACUUGCCAUGGUUCUUGAUGCAAGUUAUCCCAAGGCAAUUUCUAGGCGAGCCACCUUAUAUGAGAUGAUAAGGGAUUAUGGACAGGCUGCUAGUGAUGUAAGGAAGCUAAUCUCGCUUCUUGAAAAGCAAUUCAAUAAGUCUAGAGUAUCACCAAAAGUUGUGAACAAGCACAGCGAUCUGAAGCAAGCACGUGCGAGACUUUCAUCUUUAGAGGAUGAAGCAAGAAAAGAUACUCCCUUGAAUCUAUAUUUAAUCUUGGGAGUCGAGCCGUCUUGCUCUUCAGCAGAUAUUAAGAAAGCAUACCGAAAAGCUGCAUUGAAACAUCACCCAGACAAGGUUGUUCAAUUGCUAGUAAGGAAUGAAAAUGCUGAUGAUGGAUUUUGGAGGGAUGUUGCCAAGGAAGUUUAUGCAGAUGCAGAUCAUCUGUUCAAAACAAUUGGGGAGGCAUAUAAUGUUCUUUCACACCCUGACAAGCGUCAAGAAUAUGACUUCGAAGAGGAUCUAAGAAAUGCUAAGAAGAGAGCACCUAAGGCGAGGAGUAUGCAUAGGUCACCAGAACCAAACUAUGGCAACAAAGGUUUCAACCCACGUCAGUGGCAGUCAAACAGAGGUUCAUCACGACGUUGGUACGGAUAUUCAGAUGAUUACUGGUAAACUUAUUGGCAGCUACAUGUGGUGUGGUCAUAACGCGAGAAGCAACUUUUUCAUCAGUUGCAUUUGGAGCAAGGCCUCCUUGCGCCAUGGCGCGUGGCACCUGUCUUCCUGGUGUUUUUAGGCGCCACUGCUAACUCACCGGCCUCUUUGGCACAUGGUGGAUCGGUCAGCCCAUGGUUGAUGCCAUUCUUUUUGGAGAGGAUGGAAAUAUAAGGAUUGAUCAGUUGCGAUGAUUGCUUUUGACACUGCGCUGGUGUACUGGCUGGGCCAGCACAUAAGCGGGACAUCAAGUCAUCUUGUUGGCAUGAUGGCCUUGAGUCUGAACACUAACGGCUAUGGGAGUGGGACAUUCUAUCUUUGCUGACAUGAUCUCAGUCCGGACACUAACAGCAACAUCAAAGGUUAGAAUGCAUGGAGAUAAGGUCGGUUUCUCCAUAGCAAAUGCAUAUUUUUUUCGUUUAGCGCAUAGUUACUGUCUCAGGGUACAGUACCAAAGAUCACCAGAAAGAUGAAACGAUACAUGUUCUUUUCUACGUGGUCUGCGAACUGCGGUUUUGUUCUGGUUUGUAUAAAUUAUUCAGAUGAUGUACCAUACCUGAAUGGGAAACAGAAAGAAAAGUGGUACAUAUUGUAACUGCCCAAUGUCGAUUGCAUAAUCUCGAGUUUUUUAUUCUUUA